AUGACCGCCACCGCCAAAGAUGCCUCCGCCCUUGCAGCGACCACGGGGUCUGAUGUUGUUGCCGUAGCCUCCACCUCCUCUGGCUCCGCCGACAUCUCCCCAGCCCACAGCGCGCCCGAGAUGGUCGAGAACAACAACACCGACGCCAGCGGCGCGCGCAAUGUCAUCGACAGCACGGCCAGUGCAAUCCGACACCCGCGCAAGCGAGAGCGCUUCGGCUACCUCCUGACCAAGGACUUCUGGAUCGUCCUGCUGAUCGGCCAGAUCUUGGCCCUUUGCCUCACCGGCACGAAUACCUUCACCACCCUGCUGGUGAUGGAGGGCACUUCGAUCCCGGCCUUUCAGACUUUUUUCAAUUAUGUGCUGCUUAAUCUGAUCUAUACUUCGUAUACUGUGUAUAGAUACGGGAUUAGGCGGUGGGCGAGGCUGCUGUGGAAGGAUGGGUGGAAGUACAUCAUCCUCUCCUUCUGCGACGUCGAAGGCAACUACUUCACCGUGCUCGCCUACCGCUACACCACCAUCCUCUCCGCGCAACUGAUCAACUUCUGGGCCAUCGUCGUCGUUGUAGCUAUCUCCUUCCUCUUCCUCCGCGUCCGCUACCACUGGGCCCAGAUCCUCGGCAUCUUGACCUGCAUUGGCGGCAUGGGCAUCCUCCUGGCCUCGGACCACAUCCAGGGCGUCAACGGCGGCGACAUCUCCUCCGGAAAUCAGCUCAAGGGAGACCUGUUCGCGUUGGCGGGUGCCACCUUCUACGGACUGAGUAACGUGGCCGAGGAGUUUUUGGUCAGCAAGAGGCCGCUUUACGAAGUCGUUGGGCAGAUUGGCUGGUGGGGCAUGAUCAUCAAUGGUGCGCAAGCGGGCAUCUUUGAUCGUGAUGGCUUCAGGAAUGCGGUGUGGAAUGGUAAGGUUGGAGGGUACUUGACCGGUUAUACCCUCAUUCUGUCGCUGUUCUACACCCUCGUGCCGAUUCUGUAUAGGCUUGCUUCAGCUGCGUUCUUUAAUAUCAGUUUGCUGACUAGCAACUUCUGGGGCGUCAUAAUCGGUCUGAGGGUCUUUGGGUACACCGUUCAUUUUUUGUAUCCCAUCGCGUUUGUACUCAUUCUGAUUGGGCAAUGUGUCUAUUUCUUGGGCAAGGGGGUGUUUGGCGAGGCGAAGAAGGCGUGGUUGGGUGAAGAUCAGGAGAAGGGCGUGCUGGGUAUUGGGACGGCGAAGAGGAAGAUCCAGAAGGGGAAUGGUGGGUUGAGAGGGACGGACGGGUUGGGUCAGGGUGUGGAGCAUGAGAGUGCUGGUAUUGUCUAG